UAUUUUCAGAGGAACGCAACAAUAUGUAUAUGUUUUGAAGAUGUUAACACGGGCAACAUAUGGCCUUGUUAUCCGACGACAAUGUGGACAGAGAAGAAGUGUUUCGAUUGUUCCAUAUCGAAGACUUGCGAUGAUCCUGAUCGGCCGAACGCGACGGUCGUUAAACGACCAAAUGUCACUUGGAAAUGCCUUUGUCAGUCCGCCUCACACAGUUGUGUGGUGAUGCCAAAAAGAGGCGAAAUUAGGUGGUGGAAUCCGAAUAAUUACUCGGUGUUUCCAGCCACUGAACCAUCCACCUCAUCGCCCGAGCUUGUCGGCGCUUUCGAUAUGAAGGAUCGUAAAGAUCCGAUUGCGAUAACGACGAGAGCAAAGGAAACGUUGAUUUUUAUGGUGGCCGCAUUACCGCGUGAAGUGGACUUGAUCANUUUUUUUGCUUUCAGAGAUUUCAAAUUGCAUUUGGAUCCAGAGUAUGGCAAUUGUUAUACGUUCAAUUUUAAUGACUCAGUGGAACUGAAAAACAGUCGUGCUGGACCAAUGUAUGGUCUGCGUUUACUUCUGAAUGUAAACCAAAGUGACUACCUCCCAACCACAGAAGCGGCUGGCGUUCGAAUUGUUGUACAUGAACAAGAUCAAGAGCCAUUCCCUGAUACGUUUGGAUACAGUGCUCCGACGGGUUUUGUGUCGUCGUUUGGUCUCAAAACGAAAAUGCUCCAUCGACUGGAUGCACCAUACGGUCUUUGUAGCGAUACGUUCCGACCUGAUGGUUACAUUUAUGAGGAGCACUAUUCUCCAGAAGGUUGUUAUCGAAAUUGUUUCCAACAUAUGGUACUGGGCCGAUGUGGUUGUGGUGAUCCACGUUUUCCGCUGCCCAGCGAUGACUAUCGUCCUUGUGAUGCGAAAAAUUACGCCGAAAGAGAAUGCUUGGCUAAUUUAACUGGCCAAACUGGUGGUUUCCAUCAUAUGCAGCACGACUGUUAUUGUGUUCAACCAUGUCACGAGAAUGUCUUCGAGACCGCAUAUUCGUGUUCCGCAUGGCCAGCAUUAAAUUUUAAAAUCGGCGUCGAUUGUCCAGCAGUUUUCGAUAUUUACAACGAUUCUAAGGCGUGCACCGAGUAUUACAGAUUGAAUACGGCUUUCAUCGAAAUCUACUACGAACAACUCAACUUUGAAACCCUCAAAGAAACAGUUGGAUAUUCGGUGUGGCUUUAUCAUUAUUCUGAUCGAGCAACAAAAGUUUUUUUUUGCAUUCAUUCAUAUGUUACGAAUAAUAUAGUAAUGAAAUUUAAGUUAGUGAAUCUGUUCUCAGAUUUUGGUGGAAACAUCGGAUUGUGGAUUGGAUUUUCAAUCAUCACAAUGAUGGAAAUAUUGGAAUUGAUAUGUGAAAUGACUUGGUAUAUGUUCUAUCGGCGUCCAAUGCAAUUGUUGAAGCGUAAGAAACGCCGUGAUAUGAACCAAUUGUCAAAGCCUCAACUUCACUACCGCACCGAUACACCUUCAUUCCUGUCGAAAACAAUCGAGCAAUCAGCAACGAUUGAUUCCAAUCUCGACCUGGAUGAUUUCGAUAUGAACACUGACACGUCCAUGCGUGUAACACGUCGUUAG